AGUUAAAAGUUCGUGCACUUUGCAGUUAUUCUUUCAAUUAAAUUAAUGCAAUUUGCAUCAAUUUAAUAAACACGACAACAGUACAACACUUUCGAAGCAAAUAUCUCCCAUGUUAGUUAAUCGUUGCAAGUUUUAAUCGCACCAAUGACAUUGUGAUAAGGUCAGAAAAUGGCAGCAAAAAGUGGAAGUGGUACAGUCGCAGCUCCCAAUGUGGGUGACGAGCAUGUUGCCGUGCAAAAGCUCCAGCCGGAGGCUAAGAUCUAUGAGCGCCUGAUGAGCUUGGGCGCCUUCUACAAGCAGCAAUAUGGCGUUGAGCCAGAGUUUUAUGUGCGCGUGCCAGGACGCGUCAAUAUUAUAGGUGAACACGUGGACUACUGCGGCUAUUCGGUCCUGCCCAUGGCUGUUGAGCAGAGCAUCAUUUUGGCUGUAGGCACAAACCCAGAACAGGCACAUCUGGAACUACAUCAUCUGGAUGGGGGGAAAUUCCAAAGCUUUGAUUGCGAUCUAAAUGCCCUUGACAUCAAGCUGCCCAAGACAGGCGGUCCGGCUUGGUACAGUUACUUCUUAUGUGGUAUCAAGGGCAUACAGGAGGAUCUGGAGGAAAAGUGGCGUCCCAUUGGCAUGCGCAUUGCACUUAGCGGCAAUGUGCCCCUUGCUGCUGGCUUGUCCAGCUCUAGUGCGUUGGUUAGCGCCGCCGUGCUGGCCACUGGACACGUGCAGGGCAUGCAGCUGGAUCGCAAGCAGCUAGCCUCGAUUUCGGCAAGCUGUGAGCAAUAUAUUGGCACACAUAGCGGCGGCAUGGAUCAAGCUAUUGCUUAUCUAGCGAAGGAGGGUUGCGCCCAGCACAUUGAGUUCCAUCCAAAACUUAAGGGUACUCCCGUAACGCUGCCCGCUGGCAGUUGCUUUGUGGUGGCCAAUAGUCUCGUGCAGAAGCGAAAAGCAGCAUCUUCCGACUACAAUGAGCGCGUUGUCGAGUGCCGUUUGGCUACUCGUUGGCUGGCCAAGUCACAGAAGCUGCCUAACUGGAAGGAUUUCACUAGAUUCAUAGAUCUGGAGGAGGCCUGCAAUUUAGAUAAUGCUGCAUACGCCCAACUGAUUCAACAACAGUUGAAAAGAAUGCUUUAUACACGCGAGGACGUUUGCGAGGCGCUGGGCAUCACAGAACAGGAACUUGAAACGGAUUUUCUAACGCCCAGCACGCAGCACAUGCAGCAGUUCAAGCUGCGCCAACGCGCCUUGCAUGUUAUCCAGGAGUCUGGUCGAGUUGUCCAGUUCCGACAAAUUUGUGAGCAGUUGCAGCGCCGCACAAGCAAGCAAGAUAUUGAGCAGCUGGGCAAGCUCAUGCAGCAGUCGCAUCAGAGCCUGCGCGAGCUCUAUGAGUGCUCGCAUCCGGACUUGGAGCGUCUCAUUGCCUUAUCCGUCAAACAAGGAAUCAGCGCACGUGUCACGGGUGCCGGCUGGGGCGGCUGCAUUGUGGCUAUGUGCGAUUCAGUUAAAGCAGCCGCCGAUUACGUUCAGGUGCUGAAGCGUGAGUACUAUGCUCAGUUGCCGGCGCAUCUCUUGGAGCGCUAUCAACCCAAUGAUUUCAAUGAAGUUGUCUUCGCCACAUUUCCCAGCAAUGGCGCCGAACUAUUUGUACUAUAAUUAAUCACAAUUGUAUAACCUGUAUAUAAUAAUAGUAAAUCCCUAGUAGU